CUAGGGGGUGGAGUCGGAAAAAACGUCACUUCCGGGAUCUGCAUCUGACGUGUCUAAAAAGUGUUUCACGCUACAGAGGUGGCUCCAACUCGUGGGGGGGUUUACUUUCUAUUUAAGUAUUUUGGUUUACGUGGUGUCAAGAUGCUAGAUUUCUUCACCAUCUUCAGCAAAGGGGGCAUAGUGUUGUGGUGCUUUCAGGGAACCGGCGUGACGGAGUCCUUCACCGGGCCUGUCAACGCCCUGAUCCGCUCCGUCAUCCUUCAGGAGAGAAGUGGGAAUAACUCUUUCAACCACGAGGCCCUGAGUCUUAAGUAUAAAUUGGACAACGAGUUCGAGUUGAUAUUUGUGGUGGGUUUUCAAAAGAUCCUGACGCUGACCUACGUGGACAAGUUCAUAGAUGACGUCCAGCUGCACUUUAGGGACCGUUAUAAAAAUGAACUGGAGCAGAAGGGAGCCAUGAAGCUUCUUAACAACAGCUUUGAAUUUGAUUAUGACUUCAAAAUGCUUCUUAGAGAGGCAGAAGAGAGCGGCAAAGCUCGAAGCCCUGCCCCCAUGCGGUCUUUUAAGGAGUCCGAGAAAUCCCAAAAAACUGUGAAGUCAAUGAUCGAAACAAAAGGUGGGGACAAAGGAAAAGAACAAGGUAGCAAGAAGAGCAAACAUACCAAAAAAGAAGCUCCCGCUGCAGAUGUCGUGAAAGAAGGCAAAGCCCUGUCUUCUUCAGGCCAGAAGCUGGUUGAGAAUGGCAACAGCGGCCUGACACCCGAAGAGAUCAUGCAGAAGAAGAGAGAAGAAUUCUUCCGCAAGCGUACGGGGGCACCUCCUGAAAAAGUCAGUAAGUCUCCAAAGCCUCAGAAGCCCAAGGAGAAAAAGGGGCGUGUUUGGGAAAUGGGUGGUAGCAGCACCAAGGACCUGGACUAUAGUGAUAGGAAUGGAGACUGUUCUAAUGGCGGUGACCAAAACCAGGAUGCACUAAUUGACCCUGGAAUGCAGCUAAGCCCCAUGAAGGGGGACUUGCUCUCUGUGGAAUGUGAUUCCAGUGAGGAAGAAGAGAUGGAGGAGGAGGAGGAAGAAGAGAAGGAGAGAGUGUCUGUAAAUGACACAAUCAAAACAAGCUCCAAAAAGAGUGGCGGUUUUGGGGGCAUGUUCGGGAUGCUGAAGGGCUUGGUGGGCUCCAAGAGCUUGAGCCUGGAGGACAUGGAGCCCGUUUUAGAGAAGAUGAGGGAGCACCUCAUUGCUAAGAAUGUAGCAACCGACAUCGCCGCUCAACUUUGUGACUCUGUUGCCAAAAAACUGGAAGGCAAAGUCAUGGGCACAUUCACCACUGUUGCCUCGACAGUAAAGCAGGCGCUGCAGGAGUCGCUGGUGCAGAUCCUGCAGCCCAAACGCAGGGUGGACAUUUUGAGAGACGUCAUGGAGGCGCAGAGCCAGAGAAGACCCUUUGUCAUCACCUUUUGUGGUGUCAACGGGGUCGGAAAGUCCACCAAUUUGGCAAAGAUCUCUUUCUGGCUGGUGGAGAACGGCUUCACGGUGCUGAUCGCCGCCUGCGACACGUUCCGCGCCGGGGCGGUGGAGCAGCUGCGCACGCAUCAGCGCCGCCUGAACUCCCUGCAUCCUCCGGAGCGGCAUGGAGGACGAGCCAUGGUCCAGCUCUAUGAGAAGGGCUAUGGGAAGGACGCCGCCGGAAUCGCAAUGGAGGCCAUCGCUUACGCGCGUAAUCAGGCUUUCGAUGUGGUGCUGGUGGACACUGCCGGGCGUAUGCAGGACAACGCCCCCCUUAUGACAGCCCUGGCUAAGCUCAUCGCGGUCAACAUGCCAGACCUCGUCCUGUUUGUCGGGGAGGCUCUUGUGGGCAACGAGGCAGUCGAUCAACUGGUCAAGUUUAACCAGGCUUUGGCAGACCACUCCAUGUCUGACAAGCCUCGUCUCAUUGAUGGAAUCGUCCUCACCAAGUUUGACACCAUAGAUGACAAGGUGGGUGCUGCUAUCUCCAUGACUUACACCACAGGCCAGCCUAUUGUGUUCGUGGGCACCGGGCAGACCUACAACGACCUGCGUAGUCUCAACGCCCGCGCCGUGGUUAGCGCCCUGAUGAAAGCUUAAAACAACAACAAAGGCUGCAUGUCAAUGGUGUUUGUCGGUGGUUGUACCGAUCAAUACCAGUCUGCCACGCUGCCUGCCUGCGCUUCUCGCCCUCCUCGCCACCUUCUUGCGGUUAAUCUAAGGAGUGUCCCGUCUCAUUGCUCAGGACAUUAUUCUGGAUGAUCCAGAGGAGCUUUUUUUUUUUUGUUGUUACUUUUUCUCUUUGGGCCAAAAUCAAAGUACCUCAUCUUCGUUUUGACAUACUGUAGCUGACUAAUGGAUCUCGGGUUUAUUCAGUAGGAACUACAAACUAAAUGUCAGUUGUCCCUUAUUGGUGGAAAUAAAUAUAAAAAGGUCAGGUUGA